ACGGGAAAGUGGCGACAUAUGAUGGGCAUUUUCGACAUGACAAGAACUGAUUGUGAGUGCGGUCGAUAAGUCGGAGAUCUAGCUAGAUAACAGAUCGCAUUACACAUAUGGCCGCAUAUCAGCUGUAUAUCAAUAUUUUCUCACAAACUCAGCGGAUUCCAUUCGACGUGCCGUUUGAUUGCAGCACGCGAUAUAAAAAUCAAUGCGGUUGCGAUUCGAUGCGAUUCCUGGCAAGGAACGUGCCUAGAAACAACGACGACAACGACGGAUCUUGAAGGACGAGUUAUGAGCACCUGCUCCACGUGCUCCACCAGCCGAAUUUUCUCAAGCCGCGAAUGACACGCCUGUUCUAAGGAUGCGAUCGCCAACGGGGAAUGCCAAUAAUCUCUGGGCGAUACUGUUGCUGCCGCUGCUACUUGGCGUGUCCCAGAUUCCCGAAUCGCAUUGCCUGGAGGUGAUAUAUGCGAUAAACGCGGGCGGCGAAUCGCAUACGGAUAGUUAUGGGAUACGUUACACCAAGGAUCCCCUCAUGAAUAAGGUCGGCACGGCAUCCGAUUACGGUAAACAGCUGAUUAUAGGACGCGUCAACAACGUGGACCAGAUCCUUUAUCAGACCGAGCGUUACCAUCACAGCACGUUCGGAUACGACGUGCCGAUUAGCCAGGAGGGCGAUUACGUUAUGAUACUCAAGUUCUGCGAAGUUUACUUUAAUUCGCCGAAUAUGAAGGUCUUUGAUGUUGUGCUGAAUGGUGAUCAUACCGUGGUCGCCGAUUUGGAUAUCUUCGAAAGGGUUGGCCGAGGCGUUGCACAUGACGAAUACGUCCCGUUCAGGGUACAGGGAGGAAAAUUAAUAUACAAUGACGAAGAAUCAGACAUUUUGGCAGGAAAGAUAAGAGUAGAAUUUAUAAAGGGUUAUCGAGACAAUCCAAAAAUAAAUGCUAUAGCCGUUGUGAAAGGCACCUUAGAAGAUAUACCACAGUUGGGACCGAUACCACAGGAUCCAGAGGAAUAUCAAAGCAUGCAGGAAGAGGAAGAAGAAACUACUGUGCGUAGUCGACACACGAGUGGGCCUAGGACACCCGACCCGUACUCGAUAGAUGAUUCAUCUGUAAUGUUACCUGUUUUCGUAGCCAUUGGUGCUUUUAUUCCCUUAUUGUUCUGCUUAUGUAAAUUAUAAGCAAACAAACGCACACAUGCAUAGAAAUGCCUUGUACUUAAGGGUAACAGUGUUCCCGAUUGUUUAGGCUCACUCGAUCCAUGGGAGAACAUUUAAAUAUGUAAAUAGAUAAUUAGUAAUUAAUGCUCCUUUGCAUUGCCAGAAAGAGAAACUGUGUGAAAAAAGUAUUUAUUAUUAAUUUAUACAUCUAGAUAUAAUGUGUGGGGUGGGCUUCCUCUCCAUCCGCCUUCUAGCGCUUUGGAUUAUUUGCAGCACUUCACACGUUUUUCGGAUGAAAAUUAAGUAAGACAUUGUCCUUUUUACACAAAACUUUGUAACAUUUAAAUGUCUAGUUUUAUUUAAGUAGGUGAUUAUAUAAGUAUAUAUAUAAAUCUUCAACUCUCUCUCUUAAAAUUAUUAGCUUUGACUUUAAUUUUUAAAAUUAAAAUAAAUUUUAUUUAAAACUAAAUUGUGUUAUCUGUUGAUAACGUCACAAAGCGCUUUAAAAAUUUUUAAUUGCUUAAAUUUAGAAAAAAAAAAAUAAAUAAAAAUUGUUGAUUCUUUGACUUAGAUGUUUGACAUUAAUGGUUACUUUAAAGAGAUAAAUGAAAGUAGAGAAUAUAUCUGAGAUAUCUGGUGUAUAAAGUAUUUCAAAAUAUUCAACUUUAAUUUUAAUAUUUGAUUUUCAACAAAUUUGUAGAAUUGUUAAUUUUUAAGAAAAAGUUCAAUGCAUUUUAAAAGAGAUCAUCAUUAGUUGCAGCUUUUCAACCUUUAGUAAUCAAAUGUUAAAUCCAGAUUAAUUAAGUCAUUAAAAAUUUAAAAGUUUAAAUUAAAUUUUAAAAAUUUAAAAAGUUGAGAAUUUUGAGACUAUCUACGCAUAAAUAUUUCACAUAUAUCAGAUAAAUAUAGUUGACUUAAUAAGAGUGUUAUCUUGAGACAUAAAAUUUCCAGGAUGUGAAUUUUGUUAUGAAAUUUUCUUGUUUCUUUAUUUUAUAUUCUAAUAAUGCGUGUUUUAUAAGAUUUAUUAUACAUCAUAAAACAUUUUGUGUACAUGUUUUGUUUACGCGUUUUCUUCUUUCAUUUUAUAAUAUAGAGAAUUUGUGUGGGUAUGUUAAAUGUGCGCGUGCGACAUGGAUUAUAUAGUUUUAAAAUAAACCUCUCUGUAGUUUAGAAUCAUUAUCGAAAUGUGGAUAUGAUCAUGAUUAAGCAGUUGAGAAUCUUAUAGUCCAUUAAAUAUCAAAGUAUAUGGAUUCAUAAAACAUUAAUUUUUUGCAUGUUUGAAAGAGAGAGAAAGAGAAACAAUAAAUGAGAGACUAUUAA